GGGAGAUGGAUAAACUGACCAUCAUCUCAGGAUGUCUCUUUUUGGCCGCGGAUAUCUUCGCCAUCGCCAGCAUCGCCAACCCCGACUGGAUCAACACCGGGGAGUCCGCCGGAGCACUCACUGUGGGCCUUGUACGGCAGUGUCAAACGAUCCAUGGACGUGACAGGACAUGUAUCCCUCCCCGGCUUCCCCCUGAAUGGGUUACCACGUUAUUUUUCAUCAUCAUGGGAAUCAUUUCAUUGACUGUCACAUGUGGCUUGCUGGUGGCUUCCCAUUGGCGAAGAGAAGCUACAAAAUAUGCUCGUUGGAUAGCAUUCACUGGAAUGAUCCUUUUUUGUAUGGCUGCCCUAAUAUUUCCAAUAGGAUUUUACAUCAAUGAAGUCGGAGGUCAACCUUAUAAACUGCCCAACAAUACAGUAGUUGGGUCUUCAUAUGUACUAUUUGUCUUAUCAAUUUUCUUUACAAUAGUGGGACUUCUAUUUGCUGGCAAAGUUUGUUUACCUGGCUGAUGAAUGUCUAAACUGCUUGACUUCUUUUGUGGGAAAGAUGGCGGGUGGGGAGGACGAAGGAGCAGUCCUGUUCUCAGGAGGAUGCUUAGAUGAAGCUAUCUGUUACUGAAAAGAGAAAUGUGUUGACUCAUUCUCACUAUGCACUUUGGAUUAAAAUGGAGAGCCUUUUCCAUAACCAAAUACAGACAACAUUGACUAAAUCUCCUGAGCAUACUCAGGCAGUCAGGUCUGCACUGUGAUAGCAACCUAGUGAAGAAGAAUGCUUUAUACUGAAAAGCAUCUGGCCCUAAGUGACUGUACCGUUCCGGUUUUGUCUGAUUCAUUUUUUUUUAAGUAUUUAUGAACUAAUGGUGGACCAGAUGGUUGCAAGAAAAGUUCAAGUGGGGCUGGCCUCACUUCCUAAGAUAUUAGUGUACAAAACUCCCUUGUGAUAAGAUAAGCCUUUGGCCCCCAAAUGAAUUGCUGUUGCAUUACUGCACCAAGAAGCCAAUAGAUCAAAAUGUGUUUGCUAAAAUAUGUGUUGGAAAAAAAACAAAUCUUAAAUUCCCCAUUCUCUGUGUUUAAAAAAAAAAAUUCAACAAGAAAACAUACUAAGACUAUGUUAUUUUGGGGAUGGGGGGAAUCUUCCUUAUAUUUAUAUAAAUAUAUAUAAUAUAUAUAUAUAUUUUGCUGAUGCAGUAUACAGUGUGUGUAUGUGUGUGUGUGUAUAUAUAUAUAUAUAUGUAUGUAUGUAUAUAUGUCUAUAUACAUAUAUAUACCUACACAGUUCCUGGAAGAGAACUUGGAAUGCUUUGCUAGCAAAACACUGUGGUGUGCAAACCUAGAACUCAAUAGAAAAAAGCCAUUUCUCUGAAGGCUGCAGUGUGGAGAGAGUCUUCAGUUUACCUCAUUCUUUGUAGCAGCCCUUGAUUUUAACAGGUUUUUGUAAUAGGUACAAAUAAUCCCAUACUUUUCUAGGUGCAAUUUUAAGUUAAGCUAAAGAUUCUUUGUAUGGUUAAUUUAUUUGUAUAUGAGGGUAGAAGGCAAGGUCAUGUCAUACUUCAAACCCAAAUUUGGGAAAUCUGACACUAUUUAAAUUAUUAUCAACUGUUGUCUGUUGUACAGAGAGUCUCUUUUCUACUUGCUUUAUCUGUUACAUUAAUAAUGCAUUGAUCUAGGUUUAAGCACAGCGACUCUACAUAAAAACAAAGCUCACUAGUGAAUAUAGACAGCAGCAUUUUGGUCAUUUACAAAUACUAACUUCAUACUUCCAUUUAAAAGAAUGAAUUUAUAUUUGUUCCACCACCUCUAAGCAUUAUUAAUUCAUCUCCAUCAAAAACCUGAGCAAUACCUUUUUAUUUUAUAUGCCUUGUUUGCUAAAAGCUAACAUUUUUAAAUGUGCAUUUACUUUAAGGGCUGUCUAAACCCACAACUUCAGUUUCUUCCUAAAAGAGACACUUCAUCUAAACCUUAAAACACAAAUAGUUGUCUCUCUCUUUCCCCUAAUUCCUUUCCUUUCUCACUUCCCUCAGUUCAUCUCCCCCCUCCAAAUUAACACACUAUAGAUAUUUUCCCCUUUUUGUAGUUGUAUCGGGGCAUUUUUUGGCAGUAGAGUCAAGUCUUUGUUCUUUACAGUGAACUGGCAAACCAAAUAUACUUGUCAGAAAAGUUACAUGCCUAAGUAAUUGUUGCAGAGGGCAAUUUUCCAGGAAGCCACAUUAUAUUUUGAAGUAUACAUGGAAUUCUGUGGUGGAAAUGGGGGCUGCAAGAUAGAGGGGUGGCUCCCUUGCCAGGUAAGAAAAGAAAAACUCUAACAUUGUUCACAUAUACCUAUCCACCAUUCGUAUACCUCCACUGUUAAUUAAGAAACAUUUUAGUGUUAAAAUAAACCCCAGUAUAUCAGCUCACUUUUGUUUUGGGAGUUCUUGAAUUAUUAUAUCUGUGGAGUAUUCCCCAAAUGUUAUACAGUAAUUUUUUUUCACAUCCAAGGUGACAUUACCUUAGCAAAAGUUCUAAGAAAAAAAUAUAUUUCUAAAGUAUUAUGAUGUCUGUCCAAUUAUAAGAAUACUACUGGACAUUUGAUCACUGGGUUGCUAUGCCAAUUGAGAUUUGGUUGGUCCUCAAAUAAAAUGGGUCACUUUGAAGUGAAGCUUUGGAUAUAACCGUUAUACCACUGAAUAAAGUGUUAGCAAAGUAUGGUUCAAAUUAAUUUAUGAUAUGACUAAGAGCUUUUCUUCUUCCAAAAGAUCAAUCUUAUUGUAAAUAGUUUCACAGAAUAUUUUAACUGGAUCAUGGGCAUGGGGAGAGAGAGUUUCUCAGCUGCUAAGAAUUUCCCCACUUGUUUACUUCCUUCACUUACAAUGGUGUCAUGUAUAAGAUGACAAGUCUUAGGAUUUUGUUUAGCAUCUGUUAUCAAAACCAUUAAAAUGUCUCUAAUUUCAUCAUCAUCUUGGAAAAUACCCAGUGUGUGAAUGACCAAUGAGUUGGAAACAUCCACUGGCCAGACCCACUGGCUAUUAAACCCAGGAGCAAAGCAACCCCAACUUCAUCUAGUAGUAUGUGAAGUCAAAUCUUUGGACUCUGGUCCAAACAUGGAAAUGAAACCAUUUACAUAAAGAAAUCUAUAAAUCCUGUAAGUGAAAAAAUAGACAACUAUUGGCAGUUGCCUUUAAUAAGGUCACUAUAUUAAGUACUAUAUAGUACAGUAUUAAUUUAUAGCAGAAAAUCAUAUCUUGUAAACUGUAUAUAAAACACUGUUUAUGGUGCAAUCAUUUGUCAAACUUUUGUCUGUUACUUUGUUUUUAAAGUCGUGUACAUUUUUUCAUACCUAAGAGCGUCACUGUAAAAUCUGCUGAAAACUAUUUAUAGGUUUUAUUUGCACAAGGUUUAAUUAGUUUUAAACUCUAGGAUGUUCCUAUUGAACACGCCUAAAUAUCUGUAAACAUUUAAACUCUUUAAUUCAUUAAAAACAAUUGUUUCAGUAUGGUUCUUUCCAAAGGUAAUCCAUGUUCUAUGUUUUUAAUGUGUUUAUGUAAUUUUCUUUGACUCCACCUACUUUCUGUUUUGUUUUGUUUUGUUUUUGAAGGACAGCUCUUAUCUUACAUUCUAGAUGACCAAAACACCUAAUUGAUUUUUACCCUUUUACCCAAAGGUUUGAUAUCCCUAUUUGACAUUCUGUGAAUAAAUUCUUUAGUAUGUUAUGUUAAAUGGAAGUCUUGGUAUCAAGCAUUACAACCUACUGAUUUGAAAGAAAGGCCCUGGAAAAAAGUGGUGAAUGUGCUUUAGCUUUCAGGAAGCUUUAUCUCAGUUUUAUCUUGAGGUAUGGGCUUCCUCUGAAGAACACAUGUAGCAUUUGUUUUUCUUUGUUAAAAAGACUCUUUGGUCCUAAGUUUUUAUGACUAUCAUAACUGUUUUUCCAGAACAUAGGUUUUCCCCUCCCCCGUUAAUAUAUAAAUAUACAAUGUACACACACAUACGUGUAUAUGUGUAUAUAGAGAGAAAAGAAAAAAAUACCUUAACAAUUUAAAACAGGAAGCUGUCCUUCUGGAAAGUGUUGAAGAAUAAAAAAUAUAUGAAGGAAAAAAAUGUCUGCAUGGAUAGUAUUUCCAACAAAAGAGUUCAAUGGUUGUUAUCACCUCAAGAGAUUUUAAAGUUUGUGCUCAAAGUCUGUAUAUUAUCCCAAACUUUAUUAAGGAUUGUUUUUUUAAUUGGUUAUAACAUUUUUCAAUUAAUAAUUUCAAAACAAAUUGUAUAAAACAAGCUGUAUAAAAUGAACAUAAUUUUCUUCACUUGUAUUUUUGUUAUCGAGCAAGUUUAUCAAAAUAAAUUGUCUACUAAACAAACUAAAACUGAUUC